CAUGUAUUACAAAAGAAAGCAUUGUGUUUGGGCUUUUGUCACAAACAUUUAUGCUAUCAGUCCUCAGAAACUAAAUAACAUUAGAUAAAUAUACGAUGAAAAAUUGUAAAAAUAAAUGAAAAUUUAAAAAUACUGAUUUAUUUCUAAAUUACCCAAUUGAUUUUUUACACCAUUAAUUUAAAAAAUAUUCAAGAAAGAGGCAGAUUCAUGUUAGGAGUGUCAAUUGGGUAGAGAGAGUAGUGUUAUGUAAUAUGCAAUGUGUGACAAAGACCAAAAGCAAAAUUUACCAAAAACAUGUUAAAUGUUUUUCUUGGAAAGUGCCUGAGACUAAGGCAAACAAAAUCUGUUUCCUGUGAUUGGUGCCUGGUGGCAUAUUCAGGAGACUGACCUUUUUAUUCUCUUUUGUUGUUUUUGUUUUUUUGCAAAUGAUAUGGGUUCCAGGUACUCAGCUUGGUUUAUCUAGCAUUAUCCUUUGUUUAUGGUUUCCACAUAUAUAAAAAUUUAAACACUAAAGGACCUCUUACAAAUCAUCUAGGCCAAUCCCUUCAUUUUCAGAUAUGGAAAAUAAGGCCCAAAGAGUAGCACUGGAUGUUAAAACAGCUAGUUAGUGGUGUUGCUUUUAUUUUGAGAUCAAGAGAAAAAGCAGGCAUGCUUUUGAAAUAAAGAAUUUCACAAUAAAUAAAAAUAUUUUAAGAUGAUAAUGACUUGUGCUGGAAAAGUUUUUGGUGUGAACCUUUUUUUUCUUUUUUUACUUUUUAAACCCUAACCUUCUGUUGUAGAAUCAAUAUCAAUUCCAAGACACAAGAGCACUUGCCAUUCCCCAGCUAGGAAGGUCUGUGGCCAAAUUUGAAGUGAGCUGGUAUAAGUUGUUUCAAUAACUAUUCAAAUAUUGGUCACUUUAAACACUACCACCAAAAAACUAUUAAGGUUCUAAAUCCCUUUUGUUUGGACCACAUGAUUAAAUUAAGCAUAAUUGGAUCCAAUGGAUAAAACUCUUAUCAAUAAUAAUAAAUAAAACCUUAUAAAUCCAAACCUAAGCACAGAAGAGCUGAUAACAAGGAUUUUGAUUUAGCCAUAGUUAUUUGAGAAAUAUUCGGGUAUAGAGGGUCUAGGUUCAAAUUCCACCCCUGUCUAAGUAACCUUGAACGAGUCAAUUUACACCUAUGGGCCCCUGUUUCCUAAUCGUUAGGAGGGAACCUCUAAGGAUGCUUCAAUCCAGUCCUGACGUAAUUAGACGCCUUGCAUGGAGCACCGUAACUGUAAGGGGACCGUACACUAGGACUUCUUGACUGAAGAUAUGGGGUUUGGCUGAGCUCCCUCGUCAUAGGAUUAAAACGGUGGCGGGAUGUGGGGAGCUCCCCUAAGCAGGCAGAACCCUUACGGAGUUGCUGGGUGUCAGUGCCUGAGCCCCUGCGCAGUCUGGUUACCCCUGGCCCCCCACAGCCUGGCGGGCCCGGACACUGCGGGAGAGAGUCCCUGCAGCCCAGAACGCACUCUUUUGUCCUCUGCCUUCAGCUCUCUAGCUGUCUCCUCCUCUGCUGAGCACCUAAGGCUGCGCCCGCUGGGUGCAUUGCAGCACAGCCUUCUGCACUCUCAGAUGGGCCAACUCGGUGCUUGCUUGUUGUAGUGUUCCUAUGGAGAUGGGGUUGGGCUCCCACAGCCCUUCUCCACUGAAUUGCGAACCAGAGGCUGCGGCAGACAGCAGCGAAGGUAGCUUCCUUCUGGGACUCUCCUCAUUUGUCUUGCUUCCCUGCCUACCUCUCCGAGGAAUCCUUUAGCAAAUAUCUCUAAUGAAAUAAACUUUCAGCUUCUGGAAUCAUGAAUAGAGAGAUCUCUACAGAAAUGUCAGUAAGAGACUCUUCCAACAAAAACCAGGUGAUUGAGUGCUUUCAAACAAAGUUCAGCACUUGGACACCAAUUACCAACAAAUCAUUAAAUAAACAGCUCUUUCAGGAACGAGUUAGUCUUAUAACUCAUUGGUUUAAUCUGUGGACUGACAAGCAACGUAAAGAAUUUCUACUUACAAUAUUGCAAAAUUGCAGUCACUCCCAAUUGACAUUUGUCAAAGGCUGCUUUUCUGAGAAGAUUUCUGAAAAGAUUCCAGUGGCCAAAGUGGAUUUCUGCACAGUGUUACCCCGCUUCAUUUCUCUGUACAUCUUCUCCUUCCUGAAUCCCAUGGAUUUGUGUGCAGCUGCACAAGUUAACUGGCCGUGGAAAUUCUUAACUGAACAGGAUUGCUUGUGGAGGCCAAAGUGCAUCAGAUUUGGAUGGUUUCUGCCUUAUGAUCCCUCAGAUAAUGAAUAUGGUGCUUGGAAGCGUCAUUACAUUGCCUGUGUUGCCACCUUGGAUUGGCUAACCCCAAGGGAAACUGCUGCCAUCUAUGGGACCCUCAAUGAACCAAAAUCAGAAAAUGAGGGGCAAGAAGAAAGGCAAAGAGAAAGAUACCUAAGAAAAAUUAUUUGGGGAAGACUUGCACUCCAUAAGAGAGAAUUAUUCAAAAUUCGACCCCCUUGGAUGACUGGAACAUGUUGUUCUACAGUGUUAAAAUCAAGAUGUCAGCCACAACUCUCACAAACAGUAAAGGAUCGCAUAGAAUUGAGUGCAGCUUUGGAGAAACAGCUUGUUUUGGCAUCUUUAGAAGCCUUACCUAAAAAAAAGAAUGUAUCUGGAAGUCAUUCUUAUCCUGUAUUAUCAAACAAACAUUACCACAGAGCUGAUCAGAAGUAUGGCAGUUUUUCACAUUCUGUCCAGACUUCUCUAGUAUUGAUAUCAUCUCGGAUCCCUGCAUAUGAGAUGGUUGUGGACAGUGUGAAAACUGGUGUCAUUCCUCUGGUGUAUGAAUAUACUGGUUUGACUUUGGAAAGUCUACUGUUGCUUGUAGAAAAGGUUCUUGAUGGUCGGAAGGUACAAAGUAUUGGGAUAUUUAGUGAUGGAGAUUCCAGAGAAAUCAACUUACUACAAGGCUACACAAUUGGUAUUGAAAAUGUGUUGACUCCUGAGGUACGAGACUUUUGGGAGAAACUUGGAAGCUGUGUAGCUACUCAAGAAGAAGGAGGUCACAUUGAUAUCUUUAUUCCUCUGGCAGCAUCAGAGGCAGGUACAAAAGUCCUUUCCCAUCUGUCUCAGUUGACUGGAACAAUGUUUAGCUCCCCCACAGGGAUAGCAACUGGAUCCUACCAACACAUUCUUAGUGAUUGGCUGGGACAGCAACAAGGAGCUUCUCCCCCUUCCAUUUACUUCUGUGACCACAAGCUCCAGACAUGGCACAGCUUCACAGAAUUCCUGGAAGAGACCUUGAAAUCAGUCCGGAAGCAGCUGAGGCCUCACUUCAAGGAGCUACAAAGAAACAUCAGUGGCAAGAUUAUUGGGCAGUUUAUGUUUGAUUCUCUGAACCUUGCUAAUGUUCUGGCUAACCAAGAAACUGCUCAGGUCUUGGCAGAUGGAUUGAUCGAACUAUCAAAGGAGAAAUCAGAAAAUCCACUAGAAUAUCUAUCAGAUUUUCUGCUGAAGAAAUCUAGCAACAAGAACAAAGAAUUUGAUGGAGAUUUUAUCUCGACAAAAUGUGAUGCAACAACUCUCCGUUUCUUAACAAAGGCAAGAAAUAUGAAAGCAGAUCAUUCUCAGGAUAGAACGACUAGUAUCACGGAAGAUGAUUUAAAACUUGAGGUGCUGGUUAAAUUGGAAAGAAAGCUCCAGAUGGAUUUGGCAGAAAAAAGGACUAAAAUUGCUGGAGAGCUAUUGAAAAGUGAGAGGAAGUAUAUACAAAUGUUGGAAAUUGUAAGAGAUGUUUAUGUCACUCCAAUGAAAGCAGCACUGGCAUCAAACAGAGCCAUCUUAAGUUCCACGGACAUCCAGAUCAUCUUCUCUGAUAUACUGUGUGUCUUAGAUCUCAACAAGCAUUUUCUGGAUGAACUAACCAAGAGACUCCAAGAAUGGGGACCAGCACAAUGUCUGGGAGAAAUAUUCACCAAGUUUGGACUUCAGUUGAAAACAUACACCAAUUUCUUCAACAACUACCCUGUGGUUCUGAAAACAAUUGAGAAGUGUCGAGAAAUGAUUCCAGCAUUCCGGGCAUUUUUGAAGAGACAGGACAAGACUAUUGUUACAAGAAUGAUGAGCCUACAGGAGUUGCUUUUGUACCCAUCGAGAAGAUUUGAGGAAUACCUUAACCUUCUUUACGGUCUGAGGCUUCACACGCCUUCAGAACAUGGCGACCGGGAAGAUCUGACUACUGCAAUCAAACAAAUAAAAAGAUACAUCGGGUACAUAAAUCAGUUGAAGCAAAAUGUCAACAGGAAAGACCAGCUGUCAGACGUAGAAAGAAGUAUCUGUGGAUGCCCUACUCUAUCAGAAGGCAACAGAUUCCUAAUUAGAGUACAAGAUGUGGCCCAGCUUUUCUGUUGCAAUGAGGAAGACUGCUUCUCAUUAAGGCUAUAUGAACACAUCCACGAUCUCAGCCUUUUCCUCUUCAGUGAUGCACUUCUUGUUUCUCAUCGGACCGUCACUCACACUCCAUUUGAGAGGACUACUAGGACAACUUAUCAGUUUCUAGCAAUAGCAGCCCUUCACAGACUGCUAAUAGAAGACAUCCCAGACUCCAAAUAUAUCAAGAAUGCAUUUAUUCUACAAGGACAAAAACGUCAAUGGAUUUGUUCAACAGAGAAUGAGGAUAAAUGUGUAUGGUUGUCGGUGUUGCAGAGUGCAAUAAGAAGCAGUAUAGAGAAGUAUGACUGGACUUAAUGAAAACACCAAAGGAACCACUAAAUACUCAUUAUUUGUUCUGAAGGAUACAGGCUAAAUGUUUUAAGUGCUAAUAUUAAAGUGAUUCAUUGGUUGGAAGUUUAACUAGGAUGGAACUUUCAAAACUUUUAAAUGCCAUGACAGUGACUUAUGCUCAAAUAUUUACUAUAAUUAACAAAAAUAAUUAAGCCUAA